AUGGGACAGGGGGAUAAGUAUGGAGAAUGCUACACUGAGAAAGUGCAGGAGACGAAAAGUGAACAAGCAACUGAGAAGAGAAAGGUGAAGUGGAAGAACCGGGAAGAACACGUCAGACGAGAACGGUCAGACUUAGACUGGAAGGCUAUUCUGCAGUUUGGCAUCCUGCCACGCCGAUGGAUGCGUAAUCAGUGGAGGCGGUAUGCUCUCGUGCCAAAGUCUUGUCCUUUUCAAGGCUUCCAAGACCAAGGGCGGUACUCUUUUCGGUUCGAGCAGCUCCGAUGUGCCAUAAUGGGUGCAGAUUCAUAUGGCCAGCAGGGCCAUGAAACAACAGCAGAAAUGCGAGUUCAUCCAGUGGAAGUGAAGUCACUUCCUCAAGAUGUUUUGGAUGAUAUCUCAUGUAUCACUGGAGGUGGAGGUCACACAGUUAUUCUGACCACAUCAGGAAAGCUCUAUUCUGCUGGAUGGAAUAAUAAGGGUCAGUUGGGUUAUAAGACACCGGGUGGUCAUAGUGCUGCCUUCAAACUUAUUGAAAAGUUGAGCAAGCAUCACAUCAUCUCAAUCUCUUGUGGUUGGGACUUCACAGCUGCUGUUGAUGUAAAUGGCAGACUGUUCACCUGGGGCUCCAACUCAUUUGGACAGUUGGGUCUCCCUAGAUCACAGGUGAAAGAUUGUACACAUGAACCUGCAGAAGUGCCUCUACCUUAUCCUGCAAAGACUGUAUCUGCUGGACUCAGACAUGCUGCUGUUGUCACAGUGAACUUCUCUGUCUUCAUGUGGGGAAGUGAUCGACGAGGGCAACUGGGAACAUCUGGAGGAUCUGUUGCUGAUAUUAAGUUGCCCCAUUCAAGCAAGCCUAACACCUGGGGGACUCAGAUUCAGCAAAUUGAGGGGCCUAAUGAAGUGCAGUCCAUUCCACUGAGUGAGGAUGUUACCUGUGGACAAAAUUCGACUAUGAUUCUGGCCAAGAAUGGGAAAGUGUAUUCCUUUGGAGAUAACAAGUUUGGGACACUCAGUAUUCCCAAGGAAGAUAUUACCACUGAACCUGUUUGUGUACCUGAUCACCACUUUGGAGCUGAGAGAUUAACUGCUUUGAAGCUGGGUUGGACCCAUGGGAUUGCCUUGACAUGUGAAGGAAAUGUGUACACAUGGGGGCGCAACAACUAUGGGCAACUUGGUCGGCUGACUCAAGAGGACCAAGACUAUCAUUCCAUUCAAGUCAUUCUGCCAAAUAAAUGCACCAAAGUGUGCUGUGGUUCUGAGCAUUGCCUAGUCGCUUUGAAGGAUAACACAGUGAUGUCCUGGGGUUUUAAUGAGCAUGGCACAUGUGGAAUUGGAAGCCAUGAGAAGAUGAUAUUGAGUCCUGCCAAAGUAUUACUCCCUCCAAAGAAUAAACCCAUUAUGAUUGGAGGAGGAUAUGGAUGUUCCUUCUGCCUCAUUGCUCCUGUGACUGUAUGACCUUUCUUCUUUCUUCUUUUUUUAACUCAGUGGGGGAGGGGGGACUAAGUAAUAUCUGUUGAAAGUAAUUCAUAAUAUAGCAGAACUGUUCUGAAUCUAUCAUGAGUUACAUUGACGGUUGAGUUAAAAGUUUUCUCUUCAAUCUUAGGAAGAUGGGAAGCCUUAUGGUGAAGAAUUCUCUCUUCUCACAUCUCCAUUUCAUAAUCAAAUAGACAUCCAGAGACAAUUUCUGUCACAGGAUGCCAUCUUGCACUCUCCACUCCCUCCCAUGACUCAUGUAUAUUUUAUGCUGCUUUCAUUCUUGUGAGGGGUGCUCAAUAAGUCUUCUCUCAUGAUGCAUUCCUGUUUUCCAAAAAUUCAGUUAUUUUUACAGUGAUUCUCACUAAGCUUGUGUGGGAGUCUCACUAAGUUAUAACAACCAGUCCAGCAAGAGAAUUUUUAUUAAUUGAGUGACUUAAGCCUUAAAUCUGUAAUAAGAUUGUCAUCAUGGAUAAGUGUCAGGCACAAAUCUCGCAAACAUGUAGGUGAAUAGAAAAUGAUUGUGCGUAGUUUCACUAAUUAAAUAUCCAUGUGAUGGUCUUUGAAGACAAGAUGGCAUAUCCAGGCAGUGGAUCAUCAGUGGAAGCCUUGAGCCCCUUUCAUUAUUUAAUGGAGGGAUCCUUGAAAGGUUGUUUUUGGCCUGCUCUUUUUAGGAAUUGUUAACUUUCGGC